AUGCGUCUCGCUUACUUCUUCGUCUUGGGGAUUGCGGGUACUAUCCACGACAGUAGCAGUGCGUUCCCUGCCACGAUCGCGAAUGCUAAGGCGAUGAUUGACAACGAGGCUCCGCCUAAUAAUUUCGAUCCGAUUCAAAUGGAUGGUUACCGCCUGCUGCGCCGUGUUGACAAUGACGAACAGGAGAUUGAAGAAGAGAGGACCUUCAGCCUCGGAGAUGUACUGAAGAAGCUGAAUCCUGUCAAAGCUGUGAAAAAGGCCAAGGAGAAGGUACAAGACGCUACGGAUAAAAUUACGGAUCCCAACUGGAAAGACCUGGUUGUCCAUUUUGCGGUAAAAGGAGAUGACAAAGGUUAA